UCUUCCAAUUAGAUCCAGAGAAUAAAAUUUACCAUGCAACUGACCAAUGACCAGUAACCAAUCUUUGAUGUUUUUUGAAAAAUUAUUCUGAAUUCAUCGCCCUGGUAAAAUACAAAAAUGCCAAUUGAAUCCUUAAGUAGUGAAAAGCUGAUAGUAGUGUUAGAUAUAGGAACUGCUUAUACAAAGUUUGGGUUUGCAAGUGAAUUCGCCCCCAGAUAUAUUAUACGCUCAGAAGUACGUUGCAAAACAACGGAUCGGUUACGUAAACUGUGUGACUAUGAAUCUCCAGAAGAUUUAUUUAACAUGCUUACGGAUUUUAUUCAUAUGAUAUAUUUUAAGUUUGCACUAGUAAGUCCCAAAGACAGGCCAGUGGUAAUUGUUGAAUCAUUACUAUGUCCUACCUUGUUCCGCGAGACACUCGCAAGGGUGCUUUUUUGUCAAUAUGAAGUAUCAAUGAUUUUAGUGUUGCCUUCGCACUUAGUAAGCUUAGCAAGUUUAGCAGUACAUACUGCACUUGUACUUGAUGUGGGUUAUAAAGAAGCAGUAGCUAUACCUAUUUGUCACGGUCUGCCUAUUAUACAAGGCUGGCAAGCACUGCCUCUUGGAGCAGAAGCAAUACAUAGUAAUUUGAAAGGACUUCUAAGUAGCUCGAAUAGUGGAGUACAGAAUCUCCCAGAAUCUGUUAUAGAGGAUGUAAAAGUAAGAUGUUGCUUUGUCACUAAGAAAUCUCGAGCAGAGCAGCUUUCUUUAGUAAAAUCUGAAACAAUUCCUCCACCUGAAGUGAAGUACCCAGUAGGAGGAAAUACCAUUCUAAAUGUCUGUGGGAAAACUAGGGAAAAAGCAUAUGAAAUAUUGUAUGAGGAGGAUAAUGAUCACUACUGUCUGUCUACAAUGAUAUUAGAUUCAAUUUUGAAAGUGGAUCUUGAUUUGAGGCAAAAAUUGGCCGAAAAUCUGCUUCUUAUUGGAGGGACCACAAUGGCGCCUGGUUUUAAGGCUCGUUUAAAGGAAGAAUUAGCUAAACAGUUAAAAAGUGAACGUUACAAGGUUUUGAAUAUUAAGGAGUUUUAUUUUCAUACCCCACCUUGCAAGGAAAAUUGCACGGCAUGGCUCGGAGGUGCUCUAUAUGGAGCUACAGAAUUCCUUUCCUUGAAGGCUUUUACCAAGGAGGCUUAUUUAAAAGAAAAACACCUUCCAGACUGGGUUAACUUAAGAGAUGUGACUAGCAUUAGGGCCUUGUAAUCAUUUUUGGUUCACGAUAAUUAUUCUGCUAAUGUAAAAAGUGCAUGUGUCCUGUUUUUAUUUAUGAAUAUGCUAUUUAACCUUUAAUAAAAAUUUUGCACUUUCCACUUCAAACACGUUUUAUUGGAAUGUGUGCA